GAGCUUCUCUUACGUUGCCUAUCAGCCCCCCGUUUCUCCUCCAUUUUUUUUUGAAUUAUUAGUACGCUACAACCUUCUUCUCAUUUUAAAACACUUCACACUUCUUCUCUAAAGCCUCCCCCCACUCCUCCUCCUUGUACUUUUCUCUCAAGAUGCCCUCUGAACUUGAACAGCUGAAGAAGUUCACCAUCGUGGUGGCGGACACGGCCGACUUCGGUCUUCUGGCGCAGUACAAGCCGGAGGAUGCGACGACGAAUCCCUCUCUCGUCCUGGCCGGCUCGCAGCUGCCGCAGUACGCACACCUCAUGACGGAGGCCAUCGAGUUUGCAAAGGCCCACAUCGGCAAGUACGCGAAGUUCUACAACAGCGAGAAGCACGAGGAGAACGUGCUGGCGCUGGCGGUGGACAAGCUGACCGUCAGCUUCGGGCUGGAGAUCCUGAAGGUGGUGCCCGGCCGCGUGAGCACCGAAGUGGACGCGAAGCUGUCCUUCGACAAGGAGAAGAUGAUCCAGAAGGCACACCUGCUGAUUCAGCUCUACGAGGAGGCCGGCAUCAAGCGCGACCGCAUUUACAUCAAACUCGCCUCCACGUGGGAGGGCAUCCAGGCCGGCCGCGAACUGGAGAAGGAGCACAUUUGCUGCAACCUCACCUUGCUCUUCUCCUUCGCGCAGGCCGUGGCGUGUGCGCAGGCGCACGUCUCGCUCAUCUCCCCGUUCGUCGGCCGCAUUCUGGACUGGUACAAGAAGGCGGAGCCGGCCAAGGCGGACAGCUUCGUUGGUGCCGCCGACCCAGGCGUGAUCAGCGUGACGAAGAUCUAUAACUACUACAAGCAGCACGGCUACAAGACCAUCGUCAUGGGUGCGUCCUUCCGCAACGUGACGGAGAUCACGGAGCUGGCCGGGUGCGAUAAACUGACCAUUUCCCCUGCGCUGCUGGGCGAGCUGGCCAAGGGGGAGGGCACGCUGAGCCGCAAGCUCGACCCUGCGCAUCUGACGCAGAAGUCGGCGAAGCUGCCGGAGCUGUCGCAGGCGGACUUCCUCUUCAUGCACAACGAGGAGGCGAUGGCGGUGGAGAAGCUCGCGGAGGGCAUCCGUAACUUCCACAAGGAUACGGUGAAGCUGGAGGCGGCCAUCAAGGAGAAGAUGUAA